AUGAUCAUGGUGUACACUCCAGAGGAAUUUCCUCGAUUCACACCCCUCUAUGCCAGCCUCAUCUCAAUCAUAUACACAAUAAGCUAUGUCGGUGUUCUUUACCUUAGCCCCCUCUCGCGCCCUGAUCCAUCUCUUAACCGCGAUUCUCCCUCCGUAAUACGGAUCCGGAUCCGCGCUGUAACAGUUGUCACUAUCGCAGCCCUGGCAGUUACAUCCAUCAUCACUGCUUUGACAACGCCGAGACGAGCAUUGUCCGAAGUUCUCUCCUUCUUAGGCUUAUUAUCGCCGACACCAACAUCUAUCCUCGACGUUUUUAGAUCUUUGCUUCUCACCGCAAUUCUAUUCACGGGUCCACUCGCGCAGCGGCUAUGGUUUGAUGUAGUCGACUAUGGUUGGGGGGAGGUUAAAUCUGAUCUGCAGAAGAUGUUCUACACCUGGACAGGCUGGAGAAAUUUUGUAGCUCGAGCUGGGAUUAACCGUUUUUUAUUUGGUCGUCAGGCGCCUUUCACUGAAGAAAUUGUGUUCCGGUCAUGUUUGGCCCCACUGCAUCUGAUAGCAGGGAAAUCGCCUAUCUCUGUAGUAUUUUUAUCUCCACUAUAUUUUGGAAUAGCGCAUAUCCAUCAUGGCUAUGAGUUUUACUUGAGCCACCCCAACUCUCUCUUUCUCACUAUCGCGCGCUCUUUAAUCCAGUUUGCGUACACCACAUUGUUUGGCUGGUUUGCAACAUUCAUACUGCUUAGGACAGGGUCCGCUUGGGCGGUGAUCGCCGUCCACUCAUUCUGUAAUCAUAUGGGUCUUCCUCACUUGGGCAUGGUUGAUGGCCCUAAAUGGAGAUCGGGAGUUUACUUUGCGAGCUUACUUGGAGGUGCAUGGGGUUUCUACACCCUUUUGUGGACGUUAUCAGAGUCCCCAAAUGCCCUAGCAUCCUUCAGUUGA